AUGGUAAGGCUUGUACUUAUAAGAAUUUUGUUUGUGUAUAAGAGCAGUGAUAGAACAUGUAUUGAAGUUUAAGAUUCAGUCAUACGGUACUGAUGCCGUCUUUAUAUUACAUGACCUAAGAAGAUGAUGUUUUCAGAGGAUUAUCUCCUGAGCCACAAGCAAAGAUUUCGGGGACGUCCAUUUGAACAGGAUUCGUGCCACCUGCUUUCAUUAUCAUUUACUGAUAGGUUAUGUUUUAUCUUCAGGAAUGACUUGGCUUUUAGAUUUGCUGUUUUGUGUCUCGUAUUAGAUUGGCAGCAUUUUGGCCCGAUGCCUUUAGAGAACACUUUCCCACCACUUAAGGCUGAAAAGCAGCCUUGUAAGCGCUAACAUCGACUCUUUUCUCGAAGCUUUGCAUGUGAGGUGUUACAGUUUUAUAAAUGCUGAUAGCUUUUAACCACCGAAGGCAAAUUAGUAAGAAAACAUAUAAGUUAUCUAUAGUAUUGGUUAAAAGAAAGAAGGUAAAAACUGUCUCCUGCAUAGCUGCAUAUGUUUUCUAGUGACUUUGUGAUUAUCUUAUAAAAUAAUUACGGCUAUAAAAUUCCUUUUUGAAAUUCGGAUAGGACGAAAGAUUCAGGGAAGGUGGAUGUGGAAGAAGAAAUGGAAGACAACUAUUCAAUUGUGAAGAUAGUUUUUCCAUGUUUAUUCCUGUGGAAUCUGCUAUGCUAGAGAGAGAGUUUGAUGCUGAACCUAAAGAGUCUGAAACACCGGAUGAGGAAGAGAGUUCUGAGAAAUUCGAUUCGCAGUCCGACGAUGAUUCAUCAGGUAAGGAACACUAGUGUUUUGAACUUAAAGCCGACUGUGCUAGGUGAGCUGUAGAUUUAUCUAUGUAUGAGACACAGGCACAAAACUUAAUAAUCAAUGACUGUGACAGCAACGAUAGAUAAAAGCUCUCAUUAUCAGGGCAAAAAUCACUGUUCUGCCGAAAGAAUUUUUUUUUGUUUUUUUUUUACACGUCAAAUACAUGAACCACUUAUUACUUCCCUGGGAACUCAUUUGUUCUUCUAACGAGCGUACUUGUGGUUGGUUACCUGUCAUGUUACCCUUUUACAAUAGAAUCUUCAGUGCUUGAUUAAUGCUACAUGUCUCAUUUUGUUCGAUUAUCUAACGCCUUGAGCAUUUGGACUUCGGGCUCUGUAGAUUCUGACUUAUCAUCAUUAUCUGGAUAUUUAACGAGCUUUUGGGUCCAUAUAAGAUUUUUUUUUGAUAGAUUAAAUGAUGCCUGGCCAGUUUAGUGCUGAGAUUUACCAUUUGGAUUGAUUCUUAGAAACGGGUCCUGGUCCUGGGGCACAGUUGGAUGAAGAAACAACGCAUCAAAACAAUGGUAUUUCGAAACAGCAAGUAAGAGGGGAACCAGAAACUUUUCUGAACAAAGCACUUCAAGAAAGUGAGAAAGAGCAAGAGACUGCAUUUCAACAAAAGCAGGCUGCCGAAGAGGACUACCAAGAAGAUUUUUCCAUUACAGCUGUUAGAUUCCACGACGGAGAGAAAGAGGAAGAGCGACGAGAGGAGAAUUUUUGUUCAGGGUUAAGUAACACUGAACAGAGAUUAAGAGAGGAACUUACAAGAACAAAAAUUAGAGUAGUUUUGUUAAGUAAUCAGCUCUCAAGAAAGCAUCAGGAUGCGGAAAACUUUCAGGGACAAAUUCAGAAGAUAGAGCAACAGUUGACAGUAAGAGACAAUCGAAAAGAGAAUUUUAGAACACAACUGGAUAACGAGAAAAGAUUGCGAGCGGAAUUAAACGAAAGAGAAACGACAGAAAUUCUGCUACGAAAACAGCUCAGAGAAAAGGAUUGUCAAGAAGCAAGCCUCCAAAGAACACUAUGUGAGCAAGAGCGGCAACUGGAAAAGGAACGAGGAUUACAAGAAGAAUUAAUAGAAAAAGAAACAACAGAAAUUCUGCUACGAAAGCAGCUCAGAGAAAAGGAUUGUCAAGAAGCAAGCCUCCAAAGAACACUAUGUGAGCAAAGAGCGGCAACUGGAAAAGGAACGAGGAUUACAAGAAGAAUUAAUAGCAAAAAAGAAACAACAGAAAAUUGCUACGAAAAACACAGCUCAGAGAAAAGGAUUGUCAAGAAGCAAGCCUCCAAAGAACACUAUGUGAGCAAGAGCGGCAACUGGAAAAGGAACGAGGAUUACAAGAAGAAUUAAUAGAAAAAGAAACAACAGAAAUUCUGCUACGAAAGCAGCUCAGAGAAAAGGAUUGUCAAGAAGCAAGCCUCCAAAGAACACUAUGUGAGCAAGAGCGGCAACUGGAAAAGGAACGAGGAUUACAAGAAGAAUUAAUAGAAAAAGAAACAACAGAAAUUCUGCUACGAAAGCAGCUCAGAGAAAAGGAUUGUCAAGAAGCAAGCCUCCAAAGAACACUAUGUGAGCAAGAGCGGCAACUGGAAAAGGAACGAAGAUUACGAGAAGAAUUAAUAGACAAAGAAACAACAGAAAUUCUGCUACGAAAACAGCUCAGAGAAAUGGAUUGUCAAGAAGCACACUUCCGGAUGCAACUGAGGAUGCAAAAGCAACAACUGGAGGAGAAAGUUAAGGGAGAUGAAAUUUUAGGAGAACAAUUUCAGGAAAUGGAACGCAGGUUGAAGGAAGAAAUAACUGAAAAAGAUGCGAGACAAGUAGUUUUGUGUGAAAAGAUCUCCGAAAAGGACCAGCAGUUGACGGAGAUGAUACAACAAUUGACAGUGACAGUGGAGCGGGAAGAAGAUCUUAAGACGCAGACAAAGAAUGUAGAAGAACAGCUGAGAGAGAAUGAGGAGCAAGUUGAGAAUUUACGAACGAACCUGAAAGAUGUAGAGAAACGAUUAACACAGAAAGAGGCACAAGAAGAAAAUUUACGAUUAAGCCUGGAGCAGAUGGAGCAAAGGAUGAGAGAAGAAUUAACACAAAAGGAAACGAGUGAAACUGAGUUGCGCAAACAGCUUAGCGAAAGGGAGGAGCAGGCUGUUGACUAUCAGAGACAUUUGAGCGGGAUGGAACAGCAAUUGUCAGAAAAAGAUGAUCAAAAGGAAACUUUACUGAAACAACUUAGGAGAUGGAACAACGAUCGAGAGAGGUUACAGCGGAGAAUGAGAUGAGAGAAAAUGAGUUUCGUGAACAAACCAGAGGGAGAGAGAGCAAGAACUGAGGGAGAUGGCACGUCAGUUGAUUGAGAAGAAGCAAAAAAAGAGGAGAACUUACGCGCGCAAAUAAGGGUACACUUAAUGGAACAACGGCUGAGAGAAGAAAUGGAAGAAGAAGCUACUAGGCUAGUUGAACAGCUUAGAGAAAGGGAUCAACAAAUAGAAAACUUUCAGAUGCAGUUGCAAGGGCUACGUGAACAACUCAGAGAAAAGGAUCAGCAUUUAGCAAACGCUCGAACGCAGGUGGAGGAGCAAGAACUACUCAGAACAGAUCUCCAGCACCAACUUGAAGCAAUUGUAGCAGAAAAUGCAAAUCUCCGACAACAGGUUGUUAACCUCGAGAAUCACACCGGAUCACAGCCCGAUGAUUGGGUAAUUUCCGGGAUAAUAUUCAGUUGA